AUGAAUUCAGAAAUUGAUUCAAUAAACCAGAAAAAUACGUGGAAGCUAGUUGAAAAAACAAAUGAAGUAAAGCCAAGAACACGUUUAUGUAAAAUGCAACCCGAAGGAUACUUGAAGAAAGGGAGUGAAGGUGUGCAAAAGAACCAACGAUAUACCGAAAAUAUUGAUGGAGAAAAUAUUUUGAUUUUGGCGGUUUAUGUUGAUGACGUAUUUGUAACCGAAUCAAGCUUGAAUAUGAUCAAUAAAUUCAAGACCAACAUGGCUAAAAUCUUCGAGAUAACAGAUCUUGGUAAGCUAACUUACUAUCUUAGAAUUGAAGUAAAGAAAGAAGAAAAUACGAUUGUCAUCAAGCAAGAAGCUUAUGCCCAUCACACUCUAAAAGAAGUUGAACUUCAACACUGCAAUCUAGCUCAUGUUCCAAUGGAACCAUGUACAAAGAUAACCAAAGCAGAAGAUGAGCCAGAGAUUGUUGCAACUCAAUAUCGAAGGCUUAUGGGAUAUCUUCAUUAUCUACUCCAGACUAGACCAGAUAUGGCAUACGCAGUUGGAGUUAUAAGUCGUUAUAUGCAAAGUCUCCGAGAGUCACAUGGAACAUAA